AUGACUACCGUGAUGAGCUGCGAUGUCGAUGUGACGGCGAAAAUAGAUUCAGAAAAGUUUAACUUUUCGCCGAUGGAAAAGGAAAACUUGGACGAGGAAGACACUGAAAGCGAAAGCGAAACUGAAAGCGAAGAAACCGAGAGCGAAGGCGAUGGAAGCGUGACGGUCGGGAAAUACAGAGGGUUAGAAGACGUGGAAGAACCGGAACCGGAGUGGGAUGUGGACAGCUUUGAUGGUCGGGAAUACGAAUCAGAUCCAGAGAUUCGUGACAGCUUUGCUAACGAGAAUGAUUACAUGGAAUACCGCGAAGAAACGAUCCAGGCUUUGGAGGAUAGGGUACCCAAAGAUCCCUUCAAUUUCAUUGGCGCUAUUCAGAACCUGGAUGGACCAGCUUAUGAAAACAUGACUAAUAGGGAGUAUUUGGCGGGUCUUGUUUCCAUGUCCGUUAAGAAACUCAACGAGGUUAAGGGAAAAACUGUGGAAUUCGUAAGGAUUGUGAGAGCCACUACAAACGCUGGAGGAGCUAGUUGGAAGCUGUAUAUAACGUUUAUGGCUCGGGAGUAUCCGAAUGGGCCUCUCCUGGAGUAUCAGGCUAAGGCCAUGGAUUUCGUUGGAGAUUCUCGACCUCCUUUUCCCAUUCUCUGCAGACCAUCCCCUAAACCCCUAAACCACUGCUUGGCUAGUGAAGACAAGGAUACGCUGGAGUGA